GAUAGUGGGUGCAAUGAAGCUUGUAUUAAAAUCUUGUUGAUGACCUUUUGAGAUUCUUGGGCCGGUCGUGCGAAGAGGCGAUCAACCUUCGGAUCAUGGUAACAUGAACGAGACAAUCCACAAUCCAUUUCUUUAAUUGAUAAAAAUAAGAGAGAGAAAGCAAGAGAGUGAGAGAGAGAGAGAAACAGAGCGCAAGAAGCGGAGAAAGCAGGAUCGAUAUAUGAAUGAGAAAUCCGCCCACUCUUCUAUCACUCGCAAUUGACUCUGCCGUCAUCAAUUUCUGCCGUAUAUCCGAUCUUUCAUUUGUCCCCGAGCACAUUCUCCUCGAGCUCUUCGUGGGUGCUCUGAGAAAUUCUGAUGCUGUUUGACGUCAAGUGCUUGUGCAGCAGUAAAUGAAAGCUGGAUACUGAACAUUCUCAACAGAGGAAAGCUCUUAGUAUUCAAUUGUUUUCUUUCUCACAGUCCUGAAAGAAUGUCUCAAGUUAUCAUUAAAGAUGAUGAGGUGGACAUUGUCAUUGGCGCCCUCCAGUCGGAUCUUACAUCAUUCAUGGAAGCAUGGCGACCUAUGUUUUCCCGCUUCCACCUGAUAAUUGUCAAAGAUCCUGAUCUCAAAGAGGAACUUAAAGUUCCAGGAGGAUUUAACCUGAACCUCUAUACAAAGUCUGAUAUGGACAAAGUUGUGGACUCAUCAUCAAGUACUAUUUCUUUUUCCGGAUACUCUUGCCGGUAUUUUGGCUAUCUUAUGUCACGUAAAAAGUAUAUUAUCUCCAUUGACGAUGACUGCAUCCCAGCUAAAGAUAGCAAGGGAGAGUUGAUUGACGCUGUAGCCCAGCAUAUUACCAACCUUACAACUCCGGCCACUCCAUUUUUCUUUAAUACUCUCUAUGAUCCUUUCUCCGAGGGGACUGAUUUUGUCCGAGGCUACCCAUUUAGCUUGCGAAGUGGGGUGGAAUGUGGGCUGUCAUGUGGGCUGUGGCUUAACUUAGCUGACUAUGAUGCACCUACACAGGCCCUCAAGCCAAGCGCGAGGAACUCUCGGUAUGUCGAUGCAGUCCUUACUGUACCAGCAAGAACGAUGCUGCCCUUGAGUGGAAUCAACAUAGCUUUCAACAAUGAGUUGGUCGGACCAACUUUGCUGCCCGCUUUUAGGCUGGCAAAGGAAGGAAAAUUCAGGUGGGAAACAGUAGAAGAUAUAUGGACUGGGAUGUGUGCUAAGGUCGUCUGUGAUCACCUGAGGCUUGGUGUGAAAAGUGGGCUUCCGUAUGUAUGGAGGCAAGAAAGAGGCAAUGCUGUAGAGAGUUUGAAGAAAGAGUGGGAAGGCGUCCAGCUUAUGGAGGAAGUCGUCCCCUUUUUCCAAUCAGUGAGACUAUCUGAAGCAGCUGUUACAGCAGAGGAUUGCAUUGCUGAGAUUGCUGCAUCAGUGAAGGAGCAACUGGGACGCUCAAAUCCUAUGUUUGCCCGAGCUGCUGAAAAUAUGGUCGAGUGGAUCAAGCUCUGGAAGCAAGUACGAUCUCUAUAGAUGAUCGAUAACACUUGAAAGGUGGCAGUAGUAUUUUUCUUUUUCUCGUCUCCGUUGUCUUAGUUGCCAUCCCUCAUUUCAUCUCGUUUUUAUGUUUGGAUCCAAGGUUUAUUCCUCGUAGUAGUAUAACUCAAUCUAGAGGGGUUCAGAAAUAAUUGAUGUUACUUCCAGUGCUUGUUCUGGAGUUAUAAUUGCCGAUUCUUUGGCUCUGCUAUUUGCUCAUGAGGAAACGAUGAAUUCCUCCGAUGGUAUUAUUUUCUAUAUUUGUUCGGAAUACUGCUGGUCAUGAAUGACUUAAUCUCACAAUUGAUUGUCGCACU